UACUCACAAAAGAACCAAUAACUCUGUUUUUUCAAUUUCUCAAGUUUCCACCCACUUUCAUCAAUUCUUGUUAUAUUUUCCAAUUCCUUUUAUUUUCCCUCACUUUCUCGCCCACCCUUUCCCGGAAAACAAAAACCCAACACACAAAAAAAACUUCCUGAUAAAAGCGAUGAGGGCACAGAAAACGCCGAUCCAUGCAGUUUCGACAUGGGUGCGUCGACAACCCCCGAAAGUGAAGGCCUUUUUGGCUGUGGUCUCGGGCAUGGCGGCGCUGGUUCUUCUCCGAUUCAUCGUACACGACCACGACAACCUUUUCGUAGCUGCCGAGGCUGUACACUCCAUAGGAAUCUCCGUGCUCAUCUACAAGCUCAUGAAGGAGAAGACUUGCGCUGGACUAUCGCUCAAAUCCCAGGAAUUAACAGCUAUUUUUUUAGCUGUUAGGCUCUACUGCAGUUUUGUUAUGGAAUAUGAUAUACACACCCUACUUGAUUUAGCUACAUUUUUGACAACCUUGUGGGUUAUUUAUAUGAUCCGUUUUAACCUAAAGUCUAGUUACAUGGAGGACAAGGACAACUUUGCGAUAUAUUAUGUGGUGAUUCCCUGUGCCGUGUUAGCUUUGUUUAUUCAUCCGUCAACUUCUCACCAUUUCUUGAACAGGAUCUUCUGGGCAUUCUGUGUAUAUCUGGAAGCCGUUUCAGUACUACCCCAGUUGCGGGUAAUGCAGAAUACCAAGAUUGUUGAACCAUUCACUGCUCAUUAUGUAUUUGCUUUGGGUGUGGCAAGGUUCCUGAGCUGUGCUCAUUGGGUUCUCCAGGUUUGA